CUGAGGUCGGUCCAAUGUCAUUCGUAUGACAGGAGAGCAUAGUAGCAAAGAAGACUGUGCAAGUUUUAGACAUAGUUGCGUUAUAAUUCAUCAUUGGUCGAAGUGUGCUUCUCGAAAUAAAUAAAUCAGCUUCGAGUGAAUUUAUAUUUCUAUCAGAAACGGUAAUCCAAAAGAAAGAUGCCUAAUUGUACUUCCAAAGUUUCCCAAUUGCUUUUGGGUGGUUCAUGCUUGUCCAGAAAUGAUCCCCAACUUUUAGCGUUCCAGAUUCCGAGUGGAUAUGGUUACGUGGUUCUGACAGGAGUCGGGUCUAUGUUUAUGGUCAUGUGGAAGGCGUUUCAAGUUGGGAAGGCGAGGAAAGAAUUUAAAAUCCAGUAUCCAAUUAUGUACUCUCCGGACAAUAACAAGUUCAACUGCAUCCAGAGAGCGCAUCAAAACACGUUAGAAAAUUACCCCCAGUUUCUGGCCCUGUUGGCUCUUGGUGGUUUGGAAAUGCCAAUUUUCACUGCGGUUGGGGGAUGGAUUUGGAUUGCAGGGAAGGUAGCAUUUGCCAAAGGGUAUUACACUGGAGACCCAGAAAAGAGGCGACAAGGUACAUUCGGAUAUAUUGGUCUCCUUAUGAUGCUCGGGGCUACAACAAAGUUCGCAAUUAGACUUAUCCGUGGAGGAUAAGCUACCUAUGAUUAUUUCAUUUCGUCCCGUAAUACUGUUGUUGUCUUGUCACAUACAGCUAAUUAUAUGUAGUCACUUUACAUUAGUCUGUGAUAUGAGACAACUUAAAUAUGUUAAACCCAUGCCAAUUAUACAGAAAAAGAGCUACAAAAUAAAAUUGUUCCUUAUAUGAAUUAUUAGAAUCGGAA